AUGUCUCUGGUGAUUGCGGCCUCGGUGCCCGUGGGUCUUUCUUCAGGCGCUAUGUUUGCCUACUCCAUCUAUGGGCCCCAGCUUGCCCAUCAAUGUCACUUGGACCUGUCGCAGGCGGCCAACUUGAACAUUGCCGUCACUGUGGGCUCUGCCUUGGGCGGUUUGGGUGGCGGUUAUAUAACCGAUACGUUUGGAUCGUUGUUUCCAAUGCUUGGUGGGUGGAUUCUUGUCGCAGGUGGCUACUUUUGGGUCCAUCAGCUUUACUUGUUGGGCGAAGAAGCUGCUUCGUGGAUGCUUAUCUUGCUGAUGUUCCUCGUGGGCGCUGGAUCUACCGCAAGCUACUUUGCUGCGAUCAAAGCUGUCACGUUGACCUCUUCAAGAUACAAGGGCCUGGCCCAGAGCAUCCCCAUUGCUCUGUUUGCCAUAGCCAGCUUGUUAUACUCUUUUGUGUUUACUCAUAUUUUACAUGGGGAAGUCGGACCCUUUUUGUUAUUCUUGUCAGGGUCUGCCUUUUUCAUGCAGCUUGCAGGCGUGAUAUUCAUAAGGGUUCCUGGCCACGAGGAAAAGAUUAUUACCUUUGAGUACGCAGAGCUCUUGAACGAGGCAGAGGGCCCCGUUGGAGAGCCAGCGAGAAUGCCUCCAGAACAACACACUUCUGGCUGGUACCACCACCUUGAACUUGCGGAGUGCCUCACACAUCGGGUGUUCUGGGCUCACUUUGCCUUGAUCGCAAUCUUCCAGGGUCUUGGGCAGAUGUACAUCUACACCGUGGGUUACAUCCUUAAGGCUGUUCAUUAUUAUUUUACCCAUGCUACGGUUGAAACGACGUCUGAUCUACCCUCGCUUGACUCCCUCCAAGCCAUUCAUGUUUCCCUUAUUGCAAUUGGCUCAUUUACUGGCCGUCUUUCCUCUGGCCCCUUUGGUGACUUCUUGGUGAACAAGCACGGGUGGACUCGUCAUUCGGUUCUUGUGCUCGCAUUAUUGCUUAUGGGUGCUGGCCACUCAGCAUUGAUAUACCCUAUUGACCGCCACUCGCUGCUGCUCUGGCUGUGCAACGUGAAGUUGGCGUUUAUUUCUGCCAUCAUAGGCUACGCCUACGGGUUUGGCUUCACCACAUUGCCAGCAAUCAUAUCAGACUUAUUCUCAAUGAAGAACUACUCGUUCCUCUGGGGUAUCAUGUACUCGUCCACUGUCCCGGGGCUUACCGUUUUCACCAAGUUCUUUGGGUACAAUUACGAUAAGCAGUCCGAGAUGGAGCGUGGUAGCCUCAUUUGCACCAAGGGAUCGAAAUGCUAUGGCAGUACGUUUGGUGUGACCGGUCCGCUUGCGUUGAGCCUUGUGGUUCUCAUUCUUGUGGUUACAUUUGCUCACCGUCGGUCACGCAGUUGA